AAAAACAAGUCACUUUUUGUUGUUGUGCUACAAUUGACUAAAAAUAACGCGCAACCCACGGCCCCGAGGCGUCGCCAAAGUACGUGAACGCAAUGGGUUUUCCGCGCAUUCUCAGUAAAAACAACAAAAUCUACACAAAACUUGGUGAGUUCUGUCUCUCCGGCGACAGUUUCUGGAUUGUCUGCCACACAUGCCAGGAGGAGCUACAGACGCAGGAUCAGUUCUGGAAGCACAUACAGGACGAACACAAUUUUCUGCAUGGCAUUGUCAAGGAACACAAUCGAGCAGCGAGUUAUUGUUUGGCCGAUGUGGAGGCAACAGGCGCCGCGCCAGGAGCGUCGGCACCACAGACUGCGGGCAGCGUUACGGCCGUAACAUUGCCACUGGCUUUGUACCAUUGUGCCACGAAGUACAGUGAGGAGGAGCAGCGCGAGGUUGCCGCCGCUGUUGAGCUGCAUGAGGCACAACAACAACAGCAGCAGCAGCAGCAGCAGCAACAACACCAACAACAUCAGCAGCAACAACAGCAGCAGCACCAACACCAGCAACACCUGCAUCAACAGCAACAACAACAACAACAGCGGGAUGCUGCCGAGCUGCAAGCGGUGGCAGCCGCCGCAGUGGCUGCCGCGGCCAAUGAAAGCACACGCAGCAGCGGCAGCAUUGACAUCAAAGUGGAGCCCACAACGCUCACGUUGCCGGCGGAAAUUCAAGCAGCGGCUGCAGCAGCAGCUGCCAAUGCGACCAUCUAUCAUUUGCCACAGGUGGUGCCGCAACCACCGCCGCCGACGGCAAGCUUUGUUAAUGCAGCCGGAACCGCUAAUGCAUCAGUCAACACAACGUCGCCGCAUGUAACGCUCUCAGCCACGCCCAGUGUCGUCAAUGCGGGCACCAACACAGUGGGCACCGCCAGUGUCAUGCAACAAACACAGCAACAACAACAGCAGCAGCAGCACAGUGGAGCUGGAGCGGUGGCGCUGCCAACGCUCAGCAUGUCAGUGCCACCGUCGACAGCGAUGACAGCAGCUGUUGUGGCAGCCGCAGGCAUCCCACUGCUAACGACACAGGAGCUGCCGCCCAAGGACUCGAACAGCACGACGGCAAGUGCGAGCAGUGCCGUCUCCUCGGACGAUGGUGAGCGGUGGUAUGUGUGCGAUUACGAGACCUGCGGGCUGAAGUUUAAAUACAAGUCGCGCAUGGAAUUGCAUCGGGUGGUGCACAGCAAGGAGCGGCGCUUCAACUGUGAUCUGUGCGCCGCCUCCUUCAAGCAGUCGUGCAAUUUAUCUACGCAUCGCAAAAAGAAGCAUGCGCUGCGAGGCAUCAAGAACGAGGUCAUGCCGCAGCGUUUCUAAAUUGAUAGUCUCCCCACACAUGCAAUCCCCCACCACAACCAAGUCCUUCAUCCCCAAUCCAGUGUCCAACGAACAACUCCAAUGUGCGUCGUACCGUAUCCUUCAUUCUACGCAGUGCAAGAUUAGUUUGUAUUUGUUUUUCCAUUUAUACAUAAAUCUCUCUCUCUCUAUAUAUAUACAUAUACUCAUAUAUAUAUACAUAUAGAGGGAAUAUUUUGUUUUCCACCCUCGUUAAAUAGAUUGGGUAUUAUUUUACGAUCAUGUAACAGUUAACUAUUCUAAUAGUUUUAGGCGAUGUUCGAAUUGAGGUUAUGUUAACCUUGUCUGGAUAGAUUAUAAGAAAAGUAAUUAUAUAUAUAAAUAUGUUUGCAUAUUAACAGAAAUCUACCAUAGAUAUAGUAUAUAGAGCACAGAUGUACAUGGAGAUGGAUCGAUUUAUGUGUAUGUACACCUUUUAUAUAGUAGUUAAGAGCAGUGUCUACAGGUUAAAUAUAAAUAUAUAAAUAUAAUUACUAUUAUUAAGCAACAAGUUAUGAUGCCACGCGAAAUCAACCGUAAAAAGAAGAUGUAGAAGAAGAAGCCUCUAAGCAUGUUUCAAAUCGUUAGCUAGUUGUUAGCAAUUUUAUUUUUUUUAGUUAUUACAUCUGCAAUUCACAUAUGUAUGUAUGUAUCUAUAUGAGUGUUUAUAUAUGUAUGUACAUUAUACAAUAUAUGUAUACAAAUAACAACCAACCAUCAAACCAACCAACAACCAACAACAAAAUACAUAGCUUAAAAACUGUUCAAUUGAAA